UAAGGUGAAAUUUUCUAGAGUUGCCGGGGUUACUUCUCCUACAUGUAGAGUCUUUGAAGUUGGUGGGGGUGUGACACUCAGCUCUCCUUUUUGGCGAGACCGCCGCCAUAGUCCUCUCUCACGCGAAACUCCCCGGGGAACGUUCAACCUCCGGUGCCCUCCUCCGUGCCGGAGCUCCUAUCCAAGGGUUUUUAGCGCGAGCAUUUGAUCUCUCUCCCGCCUCUGCCGAUUUUCGCACGGGUCUUCCUCGGGCCUCCUUCGACACCGGCGGCCAGCUCCCGCAGGCCCUAGCCCUCUCUCACGCGAAACCUUAGUUGGCUUCUAAUAUUGCUGAACAAACAAUUCCUUAUAUUUACUUACUAAUUGAAAAAAAAUUAUAGCGACUUUAAUUGUUGUGAUGUUAGUUUUUUCAAGUUAAUUGGUUAUUUUUGCUGUGUUUUUUCUUUGAUGGAUACUAUGGUUUUUUGGAUUCCAUUUUGCAAUUGGAAUAUUUUUCCAUAGUUCGAGGGUCUGCUGUGCAUUGAGCUAAAGUUGUUUGACAUUGAUCUCCCAAGGGUGAGGAGUAGUGAUGGGUCAUUUGUUCUGGAAAAGAAGCGAGCUUUUAUUCCUCAUUCUCUAUGCAGUGACAUUCUAUGUUAUUGUCAUUCAACGAUCUCUGUACUUAUCACAUGAUCAUUCUAGAGAACUUUACAGUCUUCGUCGAGGGUGGAUGUUUAAUCAUCUAAAUGACCUUUCUGAUGCACAAUGGAGAAACUUUCAUGGAAAUUUACCUAUUCUUACAAAUUUGCCUAUUCUUACCUUUGUUUUCGGAAUUUUCACUUUUGGAGCAAUUGCCUUGAGAAACCAAUUUAACUUGAAAGGGAGGGGCAUGUCAGUUGUCUGGUUUAUUAUGUCGUUGGCAUACAUCUUACACUUACAUGGAGCAUGUGUAGUGUUUGUCCUCUCAAUUGCUUCAGUGAACUUUUUCCUCGCAAAGAUUUUGGCAAAAUCAAAAUUUUACUUAUAUGUGCUAUGGAUUUUCAACAUAUCAGUUCUUUUGUUAAACCGCAUCUAUGAAGGAUACUCUUUCUCUUUAUUUGGGAAUCACUGGGCAUUUUUGGACAAUUACCGCGGCUCUUUUCGAUGGCAAAUCUGCUUUAAUCUUGUCGUUUUAAGAAUGCUGAGCUUUGGAUGCGACUAUCAUUGGUCAUUAGGAGACUCAGAGACUCAAUUUGACCAAAAGAAACACAUUGUUCAUUGUUCUAUUUGCUCUUCUGGAAAGGCGUGCUACCACCUUCUACAGGAAAGAAGGCUUCAUUUUUGCCAAUACUCAUUCAUCAAAUAUCUUGCCUACUUAAUUUACGCUCCACUUUACAUUGCUGGGCCAAUUGUGAACUUUAAUGCAUUUGCUUCACAGCUAGACGCACCUCAGAAGAGUCGCUCAGUUGUAAAUGUGGUUUUCUAUGGAUUAAGAUGGGUUCUUUGUUUUGGAUUAAUGGAAACAAUGACUCAUUUUUUAUAUUACAAUGCCUUUGCAAAUAGUGGCUUAUGGAGGCAAUUUUCACCCCUGGAGAUCUUCAUUAUUGGAUAUGGGGUCAUAAACUUUAUGUGGUUGAAGUUCUUACUUAUCUGGCGCUAUUUCCGGUUUUGGUCCUUGGUUGCAGGAAUCGAGACCAUUGAAAACAUGCCCAUGUGUCUCAAUAAUUGUUAUAGCUUGGAGACCUUUUGGAAGUCUUGGCACGCAUCUUUCAAUAAAUGGAUUGUUAGAUAUAUGUACAUUCCUCUUGGUGGUUCUCAGAAAAAGCUCUUCAAUAUGUGGAUUAUCUUCACUUUUGUUGCAUUAUGGCAUGAUAUAGAGUGGAAGCUUAUUUUGUGGGCGUGGCUCACCUGUAUAUUUUUUAUCCCAGAAUUAGUAAUUAAAUCAUCCAUUUCUUCAUUUACGCCUAGAAGUGCUACUGGCAAGUUUGUGCUUCGAGAAAUGAGCGCUGUAGCUGGGGCUGUUACCAUUACUUGCCUUAUGGUCGCAAAUCUCGUCGGCUAUGUUGCAGGACCUUCAGGAACAAGUUUGUUGAUUUCCCGAUUUUUUAGAAGGGAUGGCUUUCCGGUGCUUGGUUUCAUAUUUUUGUCAUUCUAUGUAGCAGUAAAGCUUAUGUUCCAUAUCAGAGAUAGUAAACAAAAUACCAAGUAAAAGCUGAAAGAUUUGUCCCCAUCAUCUUUUUAGCAUUUAUAGGAUAUUUUAUUGGUGUAUGAUGUAAUUGAACACUAUUGGACUAAACAGUGCUCUUAUAAAGAAUGAUAAUUUGUAAGUAUGAAAAUGUUUUAUAUAAAUUCAAUGUCAUAUCUCUUGAGCAUACAUUUCACAUGGUUCGGCAACAUAAAACAUGACUAUUCAUAAUGUGAGAGAAGUGAUGCAUUGCAUGU